AUGAUACUGCCAAAAUCAAAUGGCACUGGAGACUCGACGAAACUACAGAAUAUAGCAUAUUACAAUUUCGUUAUGAUUAUUGUUAAAAAUAUAUACGAAUUUCUCAAUCAACUGGAUCGUUUGGCUUCCCUACACUUGUGGAAUCCAAGAUCGAAGCACUUGGUAUUAAUUCAAGAUGUAACAAACGUAACAGUUCUGAAGUUGAUAUUCGUGGAAUGUUGGAAACGCAAAACUUUGAAUAUCGCUGUAAUAGUACAAGGACAUGAUAAAGUUUACACGUACAAUCCUUACCUUGAGAAUUAUCUUGAGACCGUCUCGCCAUCUCAGACGUAUUAUGAUAAAAUAAAGGAUAUGAACGGUCAUGAAAUUUGCACCGAGUAUAUUCCAUACAUUGGUGAACAGGUGGCUCAAUACGUGAAGGAAACAAAGAGUUACAAAUUUUAUGGAAAAGAUUAUGGUUAUCUCGAAUCAUUCUUUACGGCUGCCAAUGCACGACCACACUACAAGAAUUUGUCCAACGAGACGAUUAGCCUUUACACUUAUUUUCCAUAUCGCUAUAAUUUCUGGAAAGUCCGAAGAUUUGAGGAUGUCGAAUUGUGGUUCACGUUCUUUGUGACGGAUUCUGUGUUCGAGAGCAGAACCGAACAGAUAUAUCCUCUGCAGAGUAAUAACGUUUGCAUAAUGGCACCGAAGAGUGGUCCAAAGAUUCCAAAUGUAUUCAAUCCCUACCGUCCUGUCAUCUGGAUGUGCAUCGUCCUGAGCAUGCUCGCAUGCGGUAUCGUAAAUUACGCGUAUAACAAAUAUAACAAGAUACCUGAAAACGGAUUCUUCAAUGCAUUUGGCAUUUUCAUUGGAUACAAUUUACCCAAGAGAUACUUGACGUACCGCGAGAGAAUGGUGCUGUUCAACUGGUCAAUGUGCUCGUUAUUAUUAAUGGGAGCUUAUCAAGGAUCGCUCUAUCGCUUUUUAACUAUUUUGGAUUAUUAUCCAGAAAUCGAUACGCUUGAUGAAUUGUAUAGAAGAAACGUAUCUGUUUACAGCUACGAUUCUUUUGUAGAUAUAUUGCGAAAAUACAUUCCCAAAGACGUGGGUGUGUUUAGCUUAGGGGACAAUAAUUAUCAAUUAUACAUGAAGGAAAAUCGGCAAAAUGCUUACGCUAGUCCGUACAGCAUAGCAACUUACAUGUGCAAGGCUAAGAUUGUCUCGGAAAAUGGGACUCCAUUCUAUCAUCUCAUGAAAGAGUGUCCUAUACCAAUGUUUGUUACGUAUUUUUUACCGUACGGUUCUCCUUAUUUAGACGCAUUAAAUAGAGUCACCAUAGCGUGCAGGGAGGCUGGUUUAGAUUUAUUUUGGAGCGAACAGGCUAAUUUAUAUGCAUUGCUAACAGGCAGUACGAUAAUGACUACGGAUCAUAGUAAGAGCCGGAGUUUUUUCGCCAGUCCUAUCAGCGUGGUCGAACAAAAUGGCCUCAGUCCUCGAUUCGUUGGACGGUAA